CUUGGUUCCACUUCUGCGACACCUAAGGAUCUCGCGGCCAUGCCUCCCAAACGUCUCCAGCAUGCAGAUGCUUACGGUGUGAUACCGUACCCGCCCUACGUAUUGGACAUCGCUGAUAGCCAGUUGCGCCGCAAGUGUAAGCGGCUCUUCAGAACGCUCUUCGUGUCGAGGCUCAAGGGCAGGUGGCUCAUUCAGCGCGUCAGGCGCCUUCGGAAAUCAUUGAAAUCCCUUCAGAACGCAGUCAGUACGGCGCUGCUCGUGGACCAGACGAAGUGGAAUGGCAAAGCAGACCACUGUGACAGAAUGAUUCGGGCCUCGACAGCCACGUCGACCCCUACGCCCCACGCUCCGAGCACUCUCUGAGCAGCGGC